CAGAGCAGCCUGUCAACCUCAUGCUAUCGUUUGAGAGCUCACCGCGACCUACAAACGGGCUGCCAUCCAAACACCGGAGUCAUGGCGCCCUUGUCUCUGCCCCUGUCGUCUCUGUUGAGGCACAGGGACUGUCUGCAGAAGGUGAAUGUGUUCAGUAAUGCAGUACGGGGUCUACGUCACCGGGCGGUCACAUCUCGCUUAUGGAAGCGCAGUUUCGGCGCAGUAACACAUGAAGUCGGUCAACUACUGUCAAGCCGGAGCAGAACCCAAAACUACGCAGCAUCUGUUUGUAGGAGCUCCUCGGGCGGUCCGGACAUGAAAGAGAGGCUGUGGUCUCUUUACAAUGAGACCAAGAGACAGACUGAAGAGUUGAUCCCAGUCUUACACACCAACUCAGUGGACUCUGAUACCAUUUUUGCCAACAAUGAGAUGAGUCUGCGAGACAUAGAGAUCUAUGGCUUUGACUAUGACUACACACUGGCCUUCUACUCCCGACACCUCCACACCCUCAUCUUCAACAUAGCGCGGGACAUCCUCAUCAAUAAUCACAGGUAUCCUGAGGGUCUGCGAAAGUAUGAGUACAUCCCUAAUUUUGCUGUAAGAGGACUUCACUAUGACGUCCAAAAGGCACUGCUGAUGAAGAUAGAUGCUUUCCACUACAUCCAGUUGGGAACGGUAUACAGGGGUCUUCAUCCAGUUCCUGAUGAGGAGGUCAUCGCCAUGUACGAAGGCUGUCACGUACCUCUAGAAAUCAUGAGCGACUUCUACGGGAAGAGUUCUCAUGGCCACACAAUGAAACAGUUUAUGGAUAUUUUCUCACUGCCUGAGAUGACCCUCCUGUCCUGCGUGAAUGACUUCUUCAUGAGGCACAACAUUGACUAUGAGCCCGUCCAUCUCUACAAAGACGUAAAGGAAGCCAUUAGAGACGUUCACGUCAAGGGUAUAAUGUACCGCGCUGUGGAGGCAGACAUCGAUAAAUAUAUUUGCUACGGUGAGCAGAGCCACGCUGUGCUGAAGAAGCUGUCAGAGCACGGAAAAAAGAUGUUCCUCAUUACCAACAGUCCAUUUGACUUUGUAGAUCGGGGGAUGAGCUACAUUGUGGGGAAAGACUGGAGGGACCUGUUUGAUGUUGUGAUCGUUCAGGCAGACAAACCUGGCUUCUUCAAUGACAGGAGAAAACCUUUCAGGAGAGUGACAGACAAAGGGGCUCUGCUGUGGGACCGGAUCCACAGGUUGGAUAAAGGGCAGAUCUACAAACAGGGAAAUCUUUAUGAGUUCCUGAGACUGACUGGCUGGAGAGGAUCCAAAGUGCUGUACUUUGGUGAUCACAUCUAUAGUGACUUGGCGGAUCUGACGCUGAAACAUGGCUGGAGGACGGGCGCCAUCAUCCCUGAGCUGAGGAAGGAGAUCAAGAUCAUGAACACAGAGCAGUACAUGCACAUGAUGGCCUGGUUACAGGCACUGACUGGACUCAUCGAACAGAUGCAGGUACACAGGGAUCCAGUCUCUCAGGCUGUGGUUGAGGAGUGGAUCAGUGAAAGAGAAGCCAUGAGGCCACAAACUAAGGACAUCUUCAACAGUCAGUUCGGGAGUCUUUUCCGGACGUACCACAACCCCACCUACUUCUCCCGCCGACUCUCCCGCUUCGCUGACAUCUACAUGGCCUCCAUCAGCUGCCUGCUCAACUACGACUUCCAGCACACUUUCUUCCCUCGCCGCACUCCCCUGCAGCACGAGUCCCCCUUCUGGCCUGAGCACAGUCCUGCGGGUAUCAGCAGCGUCUCCUCGCAGCUCCACAGCUCCAAAGCAGAGUCCGAUUAGAGAGACAGAACGGAGAGAUCAGAGGUCAAAUGUUCAGGCGUAGGUUUUAUUUUCACGUUUUAAGACAUGGCUCUGUAAAGGGUGCAUGUCACAUUUUAAGAUAUGUGUAAAUCAUGCAACUGUUAUUUAUUAAGCUUUAGUUACUCUUUAAAGGCAAUUUUUUGAUCCAGCAGAUGUCGCCCUUGAGCACCAGCAAGAAACCAAAACAACUCGCGGUUUUAGCAUGCUAAUGCUAGCGAUCUUUAUUGUGCUCGUAUCGUCACACAGCAUGUAAAUUUACCCGAAAUGACCGUGAUUUAGAAAUGCUUACGUGACAUUCAAUUAAGCAGUGAGUACAGUAUGUUAUUCUUCUUUUCUCUAGUCCGUCGAUUAAACAACUUUUAUACGUGAGGGGAGGAGUCAGCCGUUGUCCCGACGAUGUAAACAAACUGAAGAUAGGACUCGGAAAACAUCACAGACAGUGGGACUCGGGUGUUACAUUCAUUGUAGUCAGUCAUGACUCACAGAGUUAUUUUCAUUGAUUUUUGUUACAUUUAAGUGUGAAAAAUAUAUAAAUAUAAAGCCUUUAAGAGGAGCAGUGGAUAUACCUUCUUUUUUUGGCCAAAUGACUCAUUAUCUAAUGAGCAUUUUAGGCAUUUUCCACUGUUUGUUUUAGGUUUGCAUAUGUGUGUGUAUAAACCGAUAAUGCAGUACCACAGUUUAAACAAUAGGGGGCAGCCACACAUUAAGUCUAUCUUUGAUCUGUGAUAUAAGGACCAUGCUGGAAGAGUCUUUUGCUUUUUAUCCUUUGCAUCUGUAAAAUCACAGGAUUGUAGUUGAAAUGGGGAUACUCAGAUGUCAAAUUUACAAGUCAAACUUUGUUGCCUUAACCUCACAACACUCUGAUGUACAUUUGUCUUUCACCAGCCUGAUGUAAUGAGUCAUCUUUUUUAAUUCUUUGCCAUGCAGCAGCAGCUUAGUUCAUCUUGAACAGCACAUUGUAAUACAUCGCACAUUUCUGUUCAGAAAUCUUGUUCUCUGACUGUUUGAACCAGUUACACACUGCUCAGCCUGUACGUCUCAUUUGAGCAGGGAGAUAUGUUUAAUAUUUGUCUGGGAAAAAAAUAGAGCAUCGUUGCUAUAUUUAGCUGUUAUUCUUUUUGAUCAUGUGAAGGCAGCAUGUGGGUUUGACACUUUUUACUGAAAGUGUGUGAAACAUUUUCACACAUGCUGGAAAAUAAUAUAUUUGUUAUGAGCUAGAAAUGUUGAGUUUUUAAAUGUAUGGAAAAAUGUUAUUCUUAAAUAUAAAUGGCCAUAGCCAGGACCUCAUGGUUUGAUUUUCUGUUUAGUUUAAAAUAUGUCUUGUUGUGUCUUUCUUUUUCACUAUUUAUUAAAAUAGAUAUGACUUAA